AUGUAUCAGCACCUCGGUAUCGAAUUAAACGAAGGGGCGCCAAAUGCUCCCAUUACUCCCCCAUCAACCCAGGUUGCAUCCGCAUCUGGUUCCAAUUCAAUCGCACAGCCGUCGUCAUCCACAACGCCAUCUCUUCCAAGCAGCAGAGCAGCUGCUACCCCAAGGCCCCCAGCCCAAGCUGGUCCACCUCAGCUGCCUGCAUCGCAGAUAGCCCAGCAUCCAGCAUCCACAGCAUGCCCAUCCCUCCGCCCGCCUAUUCCAGCGCCUCAUGUCGCGCAACCAAUAGCAGCACCGCCAGCAGCAGCACCGCCAGUAGCAGCACCACCAGCAGCUGCACCCGCACCCGCGGACGAAAUCGCCGCUCUAAGGGCACGCAUCGCCGAGCUCGAGCGUGGGGACGCUCACGGCAUCCAUAUACCGGCCAGAGCCCCCGCUCCUCAACAAGCUCUGGUAGCGAACCCUGCGGAUGUCGACCGUAUACGAGCAAACCUCGCUGGCGCUAAAGACGAGCCUAAACGGCUCGUCUUACCUGCCCUCCAACCAGGGCACAAACCAUACCCCUCAAAGUCGAGGAGGCUUUUAAGCAAUAUCGCUACGUUCCAUACACAGCUCUCACACGCAGCUCGCUCGAAGGCUUUCCUGCGUGGAGAGGACUCAGCCUUCAUCUUUACACAAGAUGGGCUUGCAGCUAAAGGUCUCGACCGUGCAAACGAGCUCUUGAUUGUAACAGUUGAUUGGAUAGCGGCAGCAAAGGCUGCUGAGGAUAGAACCCUGCACUAUUGGGGCGAGGCUCGGGCGUCAGCCCUUGUAUCUCAUCAUCUCGUAGUUCUCGAUAUCAGCCGUACGCAUGGCUGCAAAGAGAAUUGGCUCAUGCCAACCACGAGCAUAAUCUUGCCGGCCUCGACGUAG